AUAUAGAACUACUCUUGAAGUUUAAGUCAGACGUGAAUGUAUCUGUUUCCGAAUAGUUUGUAAACGUGGCGUUAUAACUAUAAAUUUCAACGUUUAUGGUUAAAUUUUUUUUUAAAAAUGGUUUUUAAACUGUUAUUUAUUUCGAUUUUCAUAGUAUAUGCCACCGGUCAGGAUACUAAAACAAAUUACCAAUAUAAUGAAAACAAUCAAAUCAAGCUUAAUUCAGAGCCUGCGCUUUACAACAAGGGUGAAGCAAAGUGGAACUCAUAUGGAGGAGGUAAUAGUGUUUAUUAUACAAAUGGACUGCCAAUAAAUUUCGAUGCAAGAAAAAGAUGGCCAAAUUGCCCAUCGAUCGGUCAUAUUUAUAAUCAAGGAAACUGUCGUUCGAGUUAUGCCAUAUCGGUAGCGUCUGCAGUAACUGAUAGAAUAUGUAUCCAUUCGAACGAGACAAAAAAUCCUAUAAUGUCUGCACAGCAGAUUAUUUCUUGCUGUUAUUUGUGCGGAUAUGGAUGUGAUGGUGGAUCACAAUUCGAGUCUUGGGACUUUUAUAGGAGACAUGGGUUUGUGUCAGGUGGUGAUUACAACUCCAACCAGGGUUGUCAACCAUAUAUGAUCCCACCAUGUAAAUUAAUAAAUGAAAAAUCACCUAGACACAGUUGUACAACAUAUAACAGAGAAGAAACACCAGCAUGUGAAAUACAGUGUAAUAACCCAAAUUAUUACACUUCAUUCAAAACCGAUAUUUAUAAAGGUAAAUAUUAUCAAGUUUAUCCUUUUAUGGCUAUGAAAGAAAUUUUUGAUAAUGGUCCGAUAACAACUCAGUUCUACAUGUAUAGAGAUUUAAUCGAUUACAAAUCGGGUGUAUAUCAGUACGACGAGGAUUCUACGGAUGAUUUCUUCACUGUACAAAGCGUGAAGAUUAUCGGUUGGGGUGAAGAAAAUGGUGUACCGUAUUGGUUAGUAGCCAAUUCAUUUGGUACAGAUUGGGGAGAUAAGGGAACGUUUAAGAUUUCAAGAGGCAAUGACGGAUGCUUUUUUCAAGAAAAAAUGUACGCUGGAUUACCAUUAUUAAAAUUAAGUGUUAUUUUAAAAGAUUAUAAUUUCAGUCUUUAUUUAACAAUAAAUAUCAAUAAAUUAUUUUUUAGUAUUCACAUACAACAAAAAUUACUUAUUUCAAUCAUCAUCAUGUUUAGAAAUAAGAAGAUAUUAUUGUUACUAUUAUUUUGUAAUAUUUGGUUGUCGUGCAAUGCAAAAUUUAAACUACAACAUAUCGUCGAACACGUUAACCGUGCUAACGUAUCAUGGGAAGCCGGAAUUAAUCAUUUUAGUACGUCUAACUAUAAAAAUAUAGUUGGAACUUGGGGCCAUCAACAAAAUGAUAAAAUGAUCGAUAUUAUUGGUCAUAAAGAAGAUAAUCACGAUGCGAAUGGAUUUAAUGGUUUUCCUGAAAAUUUCGACGCCCGAAAUCAUUGGUUUGAAUGCGUUUCUAUUUCACACAUAUGGAACCAAGGAAAUUGUGCUGCUGACUGGGCAAUUUCCGUCACUUCGGCUAUUAACGACCGCAUAUGUGUAAAGUCAAAAAAAAAUAUAACAGCGUUCUAUUCUCCACAAAAAGUUUUGUCUUGUUGUGAUGAUUGUGGUGACGGAUGCAAUGGUGGCUAUUCUGGAGCAGCAUGGAACUAUUGGACAAAACGAGGAUUGGUCACAGGUGGAGAUUACGGUAGCAAUGAAGGGUGUCAACCAUGGUUGAUACCACCGUGUAACCAUACAGUUUUGGAUGAAAGAAGAACAUCGUAUAUGUGUGGAAAAUAUAAAUCAGAAACACCAAAAUGCAAUUUAAAUUGCUACAAUCCAAAUUAUUCAAAACCUUUCCUAAAAGACAUAUCAAAGGGAGUACGAAUUGAAAGGUAUUGUCCGGGAAUGAUCAGGAAAGAAUUGAUGAAGCACGGGCCUACAACUGCUAUAAUGCGUGUUUAUGAAGAUUUUCUAACAUACAGAUCUGGAGUUUAUCGACAUGUAACUGGAAAACUACUCGGUCAGAUUACGGUAAAGGUCAUUGGAUGGGGUGUGUACAGAGGCGUUCAAUAUUGGUUAGCUGCCAACUCGUGGGGAACUUCUUGGGGGGACAAAGGAUUUUUCAAAAUCCGUCGUGGUUACAAUGAUUGUUUAUUUGAAGAUUAUUUUAUAAGUGGUACACCAAUUUUAUAAUUUAAACGAAAUAGUUCUAGUUUAUGAAAUGAUAUAUUAGAAAUAAGCAAACAGUAUAAAUAUACCAAAUUUAAAAUGUAUACCUAGUGACAUAACAAUAUUAUGUUGUAUGUUUCAACAAACCAUUUAUAUUUAUUUCAUUAAAAAUAAUACAUAUAAAUAAAUUAUUUAGUUUAUCUUUAGAA